AGCUAUUCCCCAACACAACGACCACACCCGCACCGAGUCAAAGCGCGCGCAACCUCGCGGUCGCCGCUCGCACUAGCGCAAGCAAACGCUCCUUGUCAAAUCCCACUCACGCAGCCGACGCGUUCCGGCGUGUCUCCUUGCCCUGCCCCGCCCCCACGCAAGGCCAAGCCCCACCGCCGAGACGCGCCAUGGCGGCGCCGCAGCGGCCUCGCCCGCGGCAGCUCGCGCGCAUCAACGCGAUGAGGCACUCCUCCUACCCCGCCGAGGACGAAGGCCCCGACGACGCCGCGGCCGAGCUCGGCUCCGAGUUCGCGUCGCAGACCAGCUUCCGUAUCCGCGGCGGCCGCGGUGGGGCCGCGGAGGUCGCCGCGCUCUUCCGCAAGCUCGGCCUCUCCGGCCCCGAGGACUUCACCAUCCCCCCAGCCGUCUAUGCCGCCGCCAUGGCGCACCUCCCCAACCCCCGACGCAGGUCGCUUGAGGCGUCCAUGGAAACUGGUGGGGGCGCUGAGGGGUCGGCGCUACCGGAGCUUCCAGAAAUUUCUGGGCGUGACGUUAUGGUCGCAGCGAGGCUGGAGACAGCCGAUGUCGGGGAGCAAGCUGUGUUGGCCACCAAACUGAUCCAAUCAGAAGCCGUUGAAGUUUCUGCACGAUCAUACCAAGGGGCUGGAGCUGAACCGAGCAAUAGAGUUGUCGAAUCGGAGACAGCGGAAGCUUCUAGACUAGAGGUUGCUGCCGUGGUCAAGAAGGGGAAUGGCGAUUCAGCUAAAGUGGAUCGAUUGCGAGUGGAGAGAACAAAAGCGUUGGUUGUGGAGGCGACAGGGGAGACUACCGGUGUCGUGGUUCAAGUUGUAGCAGAGUCCACUUCUCAUGACAUUGAGCAUUUGAUCUCGCCGUCGCCGCACAGGCGUUUUAAGAGAACCAUCACGUCUUGGCUCAAGGGACAGCAUCUCGGGAGCGGAUCGUUUGGGUCAGUGUACGAGGCGAUCAGCGAUGAUGGUUUUUUCUUUGCUGUCAAGGAGGUAUCAUUACUUGACCAAGGACUGAAUGCAAAACAACGUAUCCUCCAGCUUGAGCAUGAGAUAUCCCUCUUGAGUCGUUUGGAGCAUGAAAAUAUAGUUCAGUAUUUCGGAACAGAUAAGGAAGAUGGGAAGCUAUAUAUUUUUCUUGAACUUGUUACUCAAGGCUCUUUGGCAGCUUUAUGUGAAAAAUACCGUUUACAAGAUUCACAAGUCUCAGCAUACACAAGGCAAAUUCUAAAUGGUUUGAACUAUCUACAUCGGCGGAAUGUGCUGCACAGAGAUAUCAAAUGUGCCAAUAUACUAGUUGAUGCAAGUGGAUUGGUUAAAUUGGCAGAUUUUGGACUUGCAAAGGAGAUGUCAAUUUUGAGCCAAGCAAGAUCUAGCAAGGGAACAGUGUACUGGAUGGCCCCUGAGGUUGCUAAGGCUAAGCCACAUGGACCUCCAGCAGAUAUAUGGAGUCUUGGCUGCACAGUUUUGGAAAUGCUGACUGGCAGAGUUCCAUACCCUGAUAUGGAAUGGACAUACGCCUUGCUUAAAAUUGGUAGGGGUAUACCACCAGAAAUUCCUGAUACACUAUCAGAAGACGCACGUGAUUUCAUAAUAAGGUGCGUCCAAGCAAAUCCAAAUGAUCGUCCAUCUGCUGCUCAGUUGUUGGAGCACCCUUUUGUACACAGACCACUACAACACUAGGGCACCUGAUUUGCUAACAAAUUUGCUUGUACAUAAGCUGAUCUAAAAUACUUGUGGAAAGCUGUUGCUGAUACUGAGGAUGACCCUUAGACAGAAUACCGAGGAUGAUCUUCAAAUGGCAAAAGUGUUCCAUGCUCACUGUGUCAUGUUCACACUCAUGUUUUUUGGAGAGAUCUGAAAUUGCUUCCGGUCUGAUAAGUACAUCCUGACAUUUAGCUAGAGGCAACUCUGCAGGCUGCAGUGCGGGCAAGCUUUGUUUGGCUGAAGAUGACUGAUAGGAUGUAACUCUUGGAGCUUGUCGGGUUUUAACUCCAUGCCCCUACGACCCUCAGCUCCCUCAGGGUGGAAUUCUAUGACGCUUUGUUGAAAAUGAACUGGCUCAAAUUAUGAAUGUUGGUCAAAAUUAUGAAUUCAUA